CAACUAUUCAGUACGAGUUUGGCUCUUGUGCAGUGAAGUCUAGUUUUUUUGCUGCAUUGAAUAACUUUGUCGUGAUUUUUGUUGUUGCAAAACAGUUGAUAAACGAGUUCUAUUGUAGUCUGAACGAACUGCAAUUAGUGGGAUAAUCGAUAUCAAAAGGUUUCAUUCAAAGUGUUGAAAGUGAUUCAACGUACCAGUGAUAAUAAACACUAAUAAAACGAACAGAUAUUCUAAAGACUGAUUCGACAAUCGAAAAAUCAGAGUGUUUUUUUUUAAAUAAUUGUGAGUCACCAGAACCUUGAAUCAACAUGAUUAACCACAGUAUGGCUAGUUUGACCCAUCCGCACUACGGAUUCUCGCUCGGAGGUCAGAUGGAUAUGCCGCCGGCAGGAGAUUACGCACCUCAGCCCAACCAUAGCCCAGGAAGUGUGGAUGUGAAACCUCGUCUCAGUUUUCCACCGACUUCUCUGGCAGGAUUUCAAACACAUACGCCCACACAUCACGGAUCACAGCAGACCUCUCCGGGACAGGAUGGACAUAUCAAGCGUCCGAUGAAUGCCUUCAUGGUCUGGUCCCGACUUCAGCGCCGUCAAAUCGCUAAGGAUAAUCCAAAGAUGCACAAUUCGGAAAUCUCCAAGCGUCUCGGAUCGGAAUGGAAACUGCUAACUGAAGCUCAGAAGCGUCCGUUUAUCGAUGAAGCUAAGCGGCUACGUGCCAGCCACAUGAAGGAACACCCCGACUACAAAUACCGUCCACGUCGCAAGCCGAAGAAUCCGUUGAGCAAUGCAGCAAACGGUCUUCCAAUCAGUAUGCAACAGGCCGGCAAAGCAGCCCUCGGAUCAUCAUAUCCGUUCCCGCAGCUUCCACCAUAUUUCGCACCAACUCACCAUCUCCAGCAGCUGGAGCAGCACUACUCGGUUCCAUACUUUGGCGGAUUUGAUCCACUAACCCUGUCUAAGCUGCAUCAGUCACAGCAGAGCAUGCACAGCACUUCGCCGACCGGCAUGGAAGCACAGAAAACCCAACAGAUGCCACCGACCUCGUUGAGUUCGUUCUACUCCAAUAUCUACAGUGGAAUUUCGGCAGCCGCGGCCGCCGCACCUCUGUACGCCGCCCAUUCCAACAGCCUGUACAACACAUCCGCGUCAUCCGCCUCGCCCGGAUCCAGUCCCAGUGCAUCGCAGCAGUCCAGUGUACUACCCGAUAUCGAGAACUCGAUGCGACGGCCCGUGCAGGUCAUCUACUGAAGUGUUAGUUAAGCUGAUUGCUUUCGUUUCUAGCUUGAUUUAACAAACAGUGAUCACGUAUCUCAGAAUUAGCAGUAUUUUGUAGUUCAGUUUCGAAACAUGUUGAUUUCCUGCGAAUGGGUAACCUGAUUCCGCGUGUACAUAUUAGUGGUUAUGAUUGAUGAAAGAAGGCGAUGACGCAUCGUUCGUCAGUAGGAAGAAGCGUGCUACAUAUUUAAUUUAUUCAUGUGAAAUUUUCGAUAAGUAUAGCGACAGAAAGGAACGAUACCCCUCACAUCAUAGUAGGCUUUUUAUUAUUAUUUCUCAGCACGGACCGAAUGAGUACUGAAGGUUCUUAUUUACUGUAAAUAGUCGAAGAAUUGUUGGCACGCCGAACAACCGGUGUGUGUGUCUGGAGGAUUUUUUUUAUCCAGGAACCCAGGAAUUGGUACUCUAGACGACCAGUUCCAAUCGAAAUAUACGGUCAAAACUGUACUGAAAAAUAUAAGAAAUAGGCUAAUGAUUGCUGUAAAGUUUUACUCUAAUGUUAGUUUCGUUUUUUGUUCGUUUGUUUUUUAUAGUAACAUGAUUGGUUUCCAAUAAUAUACAUUAAAAUUGAAGGAAUUUGAGAUUAUUUUACAUCUCAGAGUAAACCGGAACUAGAAUCCCUUCGUUCGUUAGGUUAAGCAAACAUGAAGGAUGCAAGCUUUAUACUCUUCUAUCACCGUAUAGUGUUAUGAAACGGAUAUCAUCAGAGGGAACGACUCAGCCGAUCUUAUCGAUUAUUCCAAUAGUGUAGCAGAAUAAUAUUAUUUGUUAUUAUGAGUAAAGAAAUCAAUUGUAUCAGAAAUAAAACAUUCA